UCUGUACUCUACUCUCCUCUCUCUCUCUCUCUCUCUCUCUCUCCGUCUCCUAUUCACCGCAAGCUAGCAAGUUAGCAGCCCCAUCGACCAUCGCAGAAGUCUUCCACCACCAAUCACCAUCCACAACCCAAACAGCCAGCCGUUCAGCCGCGCCGUUGGAGAGAGAGACCACGAGAGUGAGAAAGACGAUCGAGAGAGUGAGAUAGAGAAGAGAGACCGAGAGAGAGAGGAUCCCGGUGGGUUGGUCGACGCAGUGGACGACGGUGAAACACCAGCUCCGGCAGCUUUAAUGCUCAAGGUCUUCUUGAUUGAAUGGGAAUGGAGCAAGGCGAAUUGAAUUCCGAAUUAGAGGAGAAAAUUUACCUGAUUUAUAAGGAUUUUUUGUUGAGGGUUACGAAGUUUGAGGAAUUGGUGGCUGUAGGAGCCAGGUUACUUGCUGGCUUUCAGCAAGGGCUGGAGUAUCUUCGGCGGUGUCCAAUAGACAGAACAUCUGCGUUGGUUAAGAACAUCAUUGAAGCUAAUGAAACAAAGAGACUUAAAUCAUAUUUUGAUGCUGGAUGUAUCAAUGCACAUGAUGGUGUGCAAAAUGUAAGCAAGUUGCAAACAUGCGUACUUGGACUUCAUGACCACUUGAGUAAAGCAAAAAACAUACUUAGUGAAGUUGAAUCCCUCCUGGAGGAUGUAACUGGUGCAAUGCAAAAUGUCAAUGGUACUUUAUCACCCAUUAAUGAUGAAUAUUUUGGUGAUGGGUUGAAUGAACAAGCAAUUUCUAAUACCAAGAAGGAAGUGGCAUCAUCUCAACUUCAAAGACCUGAGGUAGCUGAAUGUGCUGUCCUGAUGGCGUUUGUGUACAGUAUGCUUAAAAAAGACUAUGAGAUGCAGUAUUAUACCUUGUUGCAGGAAAAAAUUGUUUCUGCUCUAAAUUUCAAGGCAUCACCAGGAGAAUUGGAGGGCUACUGCCAAAUGUGGUCUUUACGUCCUUUUGUGAAUGAUGAAACUAUGCAUCAAGCUUGGAAACUCAUUCCUUGACCAUCACUGACUUGUGAGUGCCAAUUUUUUUUCUUUAUUGACAGAUUUGUUAUCUGACAUCUCAAUUCAUUUCACAAAAUUGUGGGGGUUUUUUUUUUCCCCUUUGAGCAGAAGCCAUAUUUCCGAUUUCAUGAAAUUUAAUUUAUCAGAAUCAUAGAAUUUAACUCUACCCGCAAUACAAUCUAAUACUUGCUGACCAUACUAUGUUGGAAAGGGGAGCAUGCUUCAUCAGCUUUCUCUUGAUUUUCUCUCCCACUGCUUUUGCUCUCUCUCUCUCCCUCUCUCUAAAAAACACAGAACCAGCAAGCACAUUAGACCAGACCCAUGAAGAGUAUCACUCUAGCCCAAAAGCCUAAGCUAAUGGGUUUGGGUCCACUUAAAUUUCUCUUGAUAAUUAACAACAUUAAGUAUGCACCUUCAAAAAGCAAAAAGUAGCAAACAAAUA